CCGCUCCGGGCAUCCUCAUCGGCGACCGGCUCUACUCCGAGGUGUCGCUGACCAUCGACCACUCGCUGAUCCCCGAGGAGCGGCUCUCGCCCACCCCUUCCAUGCAGGACGGGCUGGACCUGCAGUGCGAGACCGACCUGCGCAUCCUGGGCUGCGAGCUCAUCCAGGCGGCCGGCAUCCUGCUGCGGCUGCCGCAGGUGGCCAUGGCGACGGGGCAGGUGCUGUUCCAUCGGUUCUUCUAUUCCAAGUCCUUCGUCAAGCACAGCUUCGAGAUUGUUGCUAUGGCCUGCAUCAAUCUCGCCUCCAAAAUCGAAGAGGCGCCUCGUCGGAUAAGGGACGUGAUCAACGUGUUCCAUCACUUGCGGCAGUUAAGAGCAAAAAGGACUCCAAGCCCCCUGAUACUUGAUCAGAACUACAUAAACACCAAAAAUCAAGUAAUCAAAGCAGAAAGGAGGGUACUGAAGGAGUUGGGAUUUUGUGUUCAUGUCAAGCAUCCUCAUAAGAUCAUUGUUAUGUAUUUACAAGUCCUAGAAUGUGAACGUAAUCAAACCCUGGUACAGACAGCCUGGAAUUACAUGAACGACAGCCUCCGGACGAACGUGUUCGUUCGCUUCCAGCCGGAGACCAUCGCGUGUGCGUGCAUUUACCUCGCUGCUAGAGCCCUGCAGAUCCCACUGCCUACCCGUCCCCACUGGUUCCUGCUCUUUGGCACCACGGAAGAGGAGAUACAGGAGAUCUGCUUAACAACUCUGAAGCUUUAUACCAGAAAGAAGCCCAAUUACGAGUUUCUGGAUAAAGAAGUAGAAAAGAGGAAAAUGGCACUGCAGGAGGCAAAACUGAAGGCAAAAGGUUUAAAUCCAGAUGGAACUCCAGCACUCUCAACACUGGGUGGCUUUUCUCCUGCAUCCAAACCAUCUUCCCCAAGAGAAGUAAAAGCUGAGGAGAAAUCUCCAGUGUCUGUGAAUACCAAAACCAUUAAGAAAGAGCCUGAAGAGAGGCAGCAAACCUCAAAGAGCCCUUACAAUGGGCUGCGCAAGGAGAGCAAGAGGAGCCGCAGCAGCAGAAGCGCCUCGCGCUCCCGCUCCCGGACAAAGUCCCGCUCCCGCUCGCACAGCCCCCGCAGGCACUACAACAACCGGCGGAGCCUGUCUGGCACCUACAGCUCCCGCUCGCGCAGCCGCUCGCGCAGCCACAGCGGGAGCCCCCGGCGGCACCACAACCACGGCUCGCCCCACGCCAAGGCCAAGCACGGCCGCGAGGAGCUCAAGGGCGCCAGCAGACACGGCCACAAGCGGAAAAAGUCCCGCUCCCGUUCUCAGAGCAAAUCCCGGGAGCACUCGGAGGCGGCCAAGAAGCACCGGCACGAGCGCGGCCACCACCGGGAGCGGCGCGAGCGCUCGCGCUCCUUCGAGCGCUCCCACAAGGCCGGGAAACACCACGGCAGCGGCCGCUCGGGGCACGGCCGGCACCGCCGCUGAGCCUGGUUCUUCUGCUGAGCC